CUAUUAUAUAUAGUUAUUAUUCUCUAUUAUAUAUAGUUAUUAUAGAUAGAUUAUAGAUAGAUUUUGAAGGGUAAAAAAAAAGGGUUGGAGUAAUUUCGCGAAAAUAGGAAAUAUUGUAAGGAGCUACAAGAUUGAAGCCUAAAAGGAAUAUAGCCCAGUACGAAUGAAAAAUUCUCAUAAACCCACACAAUUAAUCUGAUCCGAUCAGUAGUUUAUAUGCCCUCAUCCUCACCGUUGAUUAAUCAGCCAUAGUAUCUCAUCCUUGUUCUUUUCACCUUCUGAAGAACGAGGACGCCCUCUUUCUUCAUCGAAAAGUUUGCUUUCGAAUGGACUAUUACGUAGGAUGGAGUCAUCAUCCGGUUUACAAAAUCAGCAUAUUUUCCGAACAAGGCAGCAGCAGGGAGGACGCUUAGUAGGCGAUGAUGAUGGAGUAAUCAUUGUCGAUCAUGGCUCCCGCCGGAAGGAGUCCAAUCUUAUGCUAGAUGAAUUCGUGAAGAUGUUCAAAGAAAAGACCAAGUACCCUAUUGUGGAGCCUGCCCACAUGGAAUUGGCGAAACCAUCUAUUGAAGAUGCAUUUAGUUUGUGUGUUCAAAAAGGAGCAAAGCGAAUUAUCGUGAGCCCGUUUUUCCUAUCCCCUGGUCGACAUUGGACACAGGAUAUACCCUCCUUAGCAGCUGCAGCAGCCAAGGAACAUCCGGGUGUCUCAUAUUUAGUUACAGCUCCUCUGGGCUUACAUGAAUUGCUCGUGGAUGUUAUGAACGACAGAAUUACACAUUGCUUAAGCCAUGUUUCUGGAGAUGCAGAGGAGUGUUUAGUUUGUGCUGGAACAGGAAAAUGUCAACUAUCUCUGAAGAUGUUUACGUCCAGGAAGAAGAUUCACAAGGAUAAGGAUGCUGAACCCACAGAAUUUGAAGAGUCUGUGGCACAGGCCUUGUUUGAUUUGGAAAAUACCAACCAAGAGCUCAAAAGUGACCUGAAGGAUCUCUACAUCAAUUCAGCAGUUCAAAUCGACGUCUCUGGUGGCAGGAAGGCUGUUGUUAUUCAUGUUCCUUACCGUCUCAGAAAAGCUUUCCGCAAGAUUCAUGUUAGGCUUGUCCGGGAGCUUGAGAAGAAAUUCAGUGGAAAGGAUGUGAUUCUGAUUGCUACAAGGAGGAUUUUGCGUCCCCCAAAGAAGGGUUCUGCUGUUCAAAGACCACGCACCCGAACACUUACCGCUGUGCAUGACGCCAUCCUUGAAGAUGUUGUCGUUCCGGCUGAGAUUGUUGGAAAGCGUGUUAGAUAUCGUAUUGAUGGAUCCAAGAUAAUGAAGGUUUUCUUGGAUCCCAAGGAAAGAAACAACACCGAGUACAAGCUAGAAACCUUUGCUGCUGUUUACAGAAAGCUUGCAGGGAAAGAUGUUGUGUUCGAGUACCCUAUGACAGAGGCUUGA